AUGCGGCCAUUUAUUAUGGUUCAUCCGUUAUUUAUCUUCAUAUUAUGUAUUCGCACUUCACAUCAAAUUAACAAUGGUCUUGGUCGAACACCUCAAAUGGGAUGGGAGGGUUGGAAUUAUUUGGGAUGUAAUUUCAAUGAAAAAGUCAUUAAACAAACAGCAGAUGCAAUGGUCGGCACAUGUCUUGCUGCUCUCGGUUAUGAAUAUGUCCAAGUAGAUUGUUGGCAACUGAGUCGAGAUGCACAAGGUACUAUUCAAGCUGAUCCAGAAAAAUUUCCAAAUGGUAUUCCAGCACUUGUAGACUAUGUACAUUCACGAAAACUUAAAUUCGGAAUCUAUUCAGAUGCUGGAGUGAAAACAUGUGAUAAUCUACCAGGUUCAUUACAUUAUGAAACAAACGAUGCGAAUACCUAUGCGUCAUGGGAUGUAGAUUAUUUAAAAUAUGACAAUUGUUAUGAUGAUGGAACUAAGCCAGAGGUAAGAUAUCCAAUAAUGAGAGAUGCAUUGAAUGCAACUGGAAGACCUAUUUUCUAUGCCAUGUGUGAAUGGGGUAUCGAUCAACCAGCUCUUUGGGCGGCAAAUGUUGGAAACAGUUGGAGAACGACAGAUGAUAUUCAAGAUAAUUGGAAAUCAAUGCUCAAUAAUAUUGAUACUAAUAACGAAUAUUCUAAUAAAGCAGGACCUGGUGGUUGGAAUGAUCCUGACAUGCUUGAAGUGGGUAAUGGUGGUAUGACGGAUGCUGAAUAUGUGACACAUUUUUCUCUUUGGUCUAUUAGUAAAGCACCGCUUAUGAUCGGAUGUGAUGUUAGUAAGAUGAGUGCAGCUACUCUUGUAACUCUCUCAAAUCCUGAAGUAAUUGCUAUUAAUCAAGAUAAGUUAGGUGUUCAAGGAAAGAAAGUUGCCUUUUUAUGGUCAAAAUCAUCUAAUUCAUCAACAGGUGUUAAUCUCGUUAAUUGUUCAUCACUCUCAUCUAAUGUUCAAUCGACACGUCUUCAAUGGAAAUAUAAUCCUCAAGAUGGAUCAAUUACGGAUGGAAGAUGUUUGUCCAUCGAAAAUUGUAAUACUGAAGAUGGAGCAAACAUUGUCGUAACUGACUGUCAAAUUAAUGAUCCACAAGCAAAAUGUCAAGGUAAAAAUCAACAAUGGACAGUCAACACAACUGAUCAAACAAUCAUUACUCAAUUGAAUGGAAAAUGUUUGCAAACAUUUCAUCCUCUAGGACCAGCUGUAGAUGUGCAAACAUGUAACAAGCGUGACACUCAACAAUGGAUAUGGAAUUUAGUGAAUGAAACUAUUAAAAAUAAACACAAUAAUGGAUAUUUAACUCAAGUGCCAGAACUCGAAGUAUGGGCAGGUGAUCUUGAUGAUGGUGCAGUAGCUGUAGUUUUAUUUAAUCGAGGAAAUAGUGUAACUGAAUCGAUUACUGUCCAAUGGAGUGAUAUUGGAUUUCCUAUUAGUGAUUCAGCUCUUGUUCGAGAUUUAUGGGCACGAAAAGAUCUCGGAUCUUUUCGUUAUAAUUUUACAUCACCAAAUAUUGAUCCUCAUUCCAUAAUGAUGUUGAAAAUUAGUCUCUUUGCAACAAGUGAAAAUAACUAA